AUGGUGAAUCCUAAGGAGCAUUGCAAAGCAAUCAUGACAAGAAGUGGGUUGGUGCUCCAACAGGUGAAAAAGAAUGUGGGGAAUAAGAAGAAUGAAGAGGAGGUUGUGGUUGAAGAUGUAGUCUCUGAUGAUGGAGUAGAAAAUGUGAAAGGAAAUGAAGAAAAAGAAACAGUGACGGAAGACAAGGAAGAAAAAAAGGUGGUAGUUGAAAAUGAUGUUAUGCCCAAGAAGAUAAUGAAGUGGGAGAAAAAGAAGAUGGCUGACAAGCAGGACCAGCCAGUCACUUUGUCUCCAUGUGCCAAAGCUUUGGAGAACAUGCCCCACUAUGCCAAAUUCAUGAAAGAUCUCCUUACUAAGAAGAGAAAACUGAAUGUUGGUGAAACAAUGGCCCUGACAGCAGAAUGUAGUGCCCUGAUUCAGAAGAAGCUUCCACCAAAAUUGCAAGAUCCAGGAAGUUUCAGCAUCUCUAUUGCUAUAGGAGAUGUGGAAGUGGAGAAGGCACUCUGUGAUUUGGGAGCCAGCAUAAAUCUGAUGCCAUUGACGGUAUGUAGAGCCUUGGGAAUCAACACCCUGAAGGAAACUAAUCUUAUCUUGCAUCUUGCAGAUAAAUCUAUUAAGAAGCCCGAAGGUGUGGUUGAAGAUGUUUUGGUAAAAGUAGACAAGUUUAUUUUUCCUGUAGAUUUUGUGAUACUUGAUAUGGAGGAAGAGGAUACUGAAAUGAAUAAAGAAGAAGACUUUUCAUUGGAGGAAGACAGAUUUAUUGAGGAGAAAUGUACAGAAAAUUGUCAAGAAGAACCGGUAGUGGAAGAGCUUGAAACGAAGAUAGAUGAUAUUCCAGUGGGAGCACCUAAGGUAGAGCUUAAAGAACUACCUUCAAAUCUGAAGUAUGUGUUCCUUGGGAAUGAUCAAACAUAUCCAGUAAUCAUCAAUGCAAUGUUAUCUGAGAGUGAAGAAGUGAAGUUGAUUAAGAUAGCUGUUGCCCCAGAUGAUCACGAGAAGACUGCAUUUACAUGUCCAUAUGGAAUUUUCGCAUACCGGAGGAUGCCUUUCGACUUCUGCAAUGCUCUUGCCACUUUUCAAAGAUGUCAAGACUGUAAUCUGGUUUUGAACUGGGAGAAAUGUCACUUCAUGGUGACUGAAGGAAUUGUUCUUGGGCACAAGGUGUCUAGAGCAGGAAUAGAAGUGGAUAGGGCAAAAAUAUCUGUGAUAGAGAAACUCCCUCCACCUGUUAAUGUCAAAG